CCUAUAGCAGAAUUUUAGGCUUUCAGGUUACUGGCUUUGAUUUCCUCUUUCUCUCUCACACACACUCACUAUGAGAGAGAAAGUGGCAAGCAUUGAAGAAAGGGUAGAGCUCAAUCAAUACAACAAACAUUCAAAUGUCUACAAAUAAAUGAAGUCCCCGAAAAGGAGUAGUGCGUUUAUGAGUGUUUUUUGCCAUUCCUACUCCAAAUUGAGGUGUUUUUCACCCCUCAAACCUCUCCUCCAUUUUACCACUUCUCCUGCCAGCUAAUUCUCUCUUUCUCCUCUCUUUCAAUUCUGCAAUUUCAUUUUAUUUUAAAAUUUUUUACUUUUUUUUUAAUUUUUCAUAGUUUCACAUGCUAUUAGCUUAUUCUUCGAUCUCUCUCUCUAUAUAUAUAUAUGAUUUCACUCACGCACACUUUCUUUCUCUAUCUUUAUCUCCUUUUCAUGAACAAGUGGAUCUUGUGCCAUUUCAUCAAUUCUUCACUAGGGUUUCCGGAUUCUUAAAUCUCUUUUUGAAUCUAUUUUCUUAUUGUCAUGAUUCCGAUUCUGUCUGACCUUCAAAGUUUUCAGCUCUUAUUUUGUUCUUGUAUUCGUCAAAAUUAAGCGCAGAUUUGAGUUUGCGGCAUUGUUUUCCUUUAUUUUCUUAUUAAAGGAAAAGCCUUUCCCCAGGAAAUAUAAAUGAAAAAAAAUUGAGAUUUGGAUACUAAGAGACUAGAUUUUCCAUUUCGAAAGAUUUAAUUUGGAGAGAUCGCUGGAUCAAGGAUCUCUUCGAACUUGAUAGGCCUCUCAAAGACAUCAAUUUUUCCAUUGGAAUCGACCCUAUUGACGUCACGUGACUUUUGCAAUCACGGAUUCUACGUGUGUUAUGUCUGUUAUCUUUCAUAACGUGCAGAGACUUUAUGGUUUAUAUAGGAGAUAGAAUGUCGACUGAAAGUGAUGAGAGGACGAAGCCCAACAGUGUAGAUUCCCCAUCUGUUGAUGAUGUUACUGAAGGAAAUGUCGGAGGGAAUGGCCCACUUAAAAAAGGUCCAUGGACUUCUGCAGAAGAUGCAAUUUUAGUUGAAUAUGUUACCAAAAACGGAGAGGGUAACUGGAAUGCAGUUCAGAAACACUCGGGUCUUGCCCGCUGUGGGAAAAGUUGUCGUUUGAGGUGGGCAAAUCACCUCAGACCAGAUCUUAAGAAAGGCGCAUUUACGGCCGAGGAGGAGCAUCGCAUAAUUGAACUCCAUGCCCAGAUGGGAAACAAAUGGGCUCGAAUGGCUGCUGAGUUGCCUGGCCGCACAGAUAAUGAGAUUAAGAAUUACUGGAACACCAGAAUCAAAAGAAGACAACGUGCUGGUUUACCAAUUUAUCCACCUGAUAUCUGCUCGCAGCCAUUGAAUGACAACCUGCAAAGUGACGACAUGAGCAAUUUAUACUCUGGUAACGUGCACCAUCCAGAACUCAUGCCAAGUAACAAUUUUGACAUUCCAGCUGUGGAAUUUAAGAAUUUGGAACUUAAUCGCCAUAUAUUCAUGCUGAACUUUCCUGCUGGUAACUUGCCUAACAUUCCCGCAAGUAGCCUGCUUACGCAGAGUCUAAGCAAUCCGUACCAUAACAAGUCCUUGCUCCCAACAGUUCAUCCAUCCAAGCGUCUUUGCGGGUCAGAACCGAUGUUCCCUGGCUUAAAUGCUCCUAUAUGUAAUGCUUUCCCAGGUGGGAAUCAAUACCAUUUUGAUAGUUCUAUGCAAAUUGGGAAAUCGCCGGUGUUCUCUGCAUAUGAUCAUAAUCCUGCAACUGACAAUGCGAGAACUUCGAGUUUACCUAAUGGCAGCCAUGCCGUCUUAAAUGGCAACUCUUCUUCAGAGCCUUCUUGGGCAACGAAGCUGGAGCUCCCUUCACUCCAAACACAGAUGGGUACUUGGGGCUCACCCUCACCCUCUUCCCCGUUGCGUUACCUUGAGUCCGAUGAAAAUUUAAUCCAGUCGCCCCCAAAUGAGCCCAUGAACUCUUGUAAUCUUUCACCCCAAAAUAGUGGUCUAUUGGAAGCAGUUCUAUCUGAAUCAGAAACCAUAAAAAACUCCAAGAGCAACAGUGUUAAUACUCCACAUGCACCCACUUUUAUGGAUGACUCAUUACAUACUCUCCACGAGAUGGAAUGGGGAGCAUAUGAUAAUCAACUCUCUCCUUUAGGUCAUUCUUCCCCAUCAAUGUUCAGUGGGAACUCGUUGGAUGAGACCUUCCAUACGGGGACUUUUCCAGUUAAGGAAGAAGCAAUAAACGGGGGCCUAUUGCCGUAUGAUGAUAGCAUUGAGGCAAGAAACCAGAUGAUCUUUUCCAGACCCGAUUUUUUGCUUGCCUCAAACUGCUUCAGCCCAGUUAAGCACCAAACUAAUGAACACACUGUAAAAGAUGCAAUCGAAGCUUUUUAUGGUGAUGAUUUGAGCAAAGACUGCAAAAUAGUUGAUGCAGUGGCAACUCCAUCAACUCCAAGCCACCAUGAUCAUGAUUCCAGUGCUUGGAAUGCCAUGCCUACCGUCUAGUCCACUUAUUUGCAUUCGAGAAAACGCAGAUUAUCAACUGCCUCUGGCCAUGUUUUCUAUUUUCCAUUGCUACUUGUCGCGUGAAUUUAAGUUCUGGCCUCAAUAUUGGGGCAGAUUGCUUACUUUUUCAGGAACAAUUCUGUGAUGUUUUGUCUUGAUGUCUAGCAGUUUCACAUUGUAACAACUUGUGCGCAUUUAUAUUUGUUUCAGUUAUGAGGGCUUUUGACGAA